AUGGCUAAUUUAAAUCUUUUCUUAGCCAUUGUUUUGGUAAGUGGGCUAACCAUGACCCUUAUAUGUUGGGCUUCAUCCCUAUUCGAUUGGAAACUUCAAUAUCUUGCACCAACCAAUGCAGCCCGUCUUGCGGCAUUGCAACCCCCUUUAGUUUGGAACGAGACUCUUGCAACCUUUGCUAGAUCGUAUGCUAAAGAGAGGGCAGUAGAUUGCAAAUUGCAACACUCAAACAACCCAAUAUAUGGUGAGAAUAUUGCAAUGAGUCCUGGAGAAUUAAGACCAACUGAAGCUGUGGAUUUAUGGGCAGGUGAAAAGCCCAAUUAUGAUUAUGGCUCUAAUAAUUGCAAAGAAAUGUGUGGGAAUUACACAUAA